CGAGCCCCUGAGCUUUGACAGCAACACCCCAAGAACGGCUGAGGGCUCGAAGCAGCUGAGGGAACUUUGGACACCUGUUGCUACAGAGGCAACACAAGAAGUUCACCACCUGGCCAGGUGAUUCCUCCUCUUGUAAAAUCUCCACAGCUGUUAAAGUCGCUCAGUCAUGUCAUCUGCACUGCUGUUCAAUAUGCUGCGUUGUGGACGCUCCACAUUCGCCAGACAAACCUUCCUCACUGCACGAUCCUCAUCGGAAACCUCCGCGACAUCCGGGCAGGUGGGUGGGGCAUUGUUUGGGGUGGUGGGCGUGCGGCAGACAAGUGAUGUAAGCUUCCGUCCAGUGACCUGGGACUCAUUCGGGAUUUGGGACAACCGGAUAGAAGAGCCAAUACUGCUGCCCUCCAGUAUCAGAUAUGGAAGACCGAUUCCACAGGUCAGUCUGUCUCGAGUUGGCAGUGCGUCUGUUUUGGGUCUCAGGAAACAGAACGAGGACCGUCUCCGCAUCGCUCGUAUCAAUGAGAACCUGCUGUACUUCGCUGUGUUUGACGGCCACGGUGGCCCCCACGCUGCUGACUACUGCUACACCUUCAUGGAGAAAUUUAUCAGAGACGCUUUGGAAGAAGACGAUGACCUGGAGAAAGUUUUAAAGAAAGCCUUUUUAGAUGCUGACAAGGCUCUACACACGCAUCUCAGCUACUUCAAUAAUGCCUCCUUCCUGACAGCCGGCACCACAGCAACGGUUGCUUUGCUGCGUGAUGGUGUGGAGCUGGUAGUCGGCAGCGUUGGUGACAGUCGGGCGAUGUUGUGCAGGAAUGGACAAGCCAACAAGCUCACCACAGACCACACACCUGACAGCGAGGACGAGAGACACCGGAUCCAGAGGUUCGGAGGUUACGUGACAUGGAACAGCGUGGGUCAAGCUAACGUUAACGGGAGGCUCGCCAUGACGCGGAGCAUUGGAGACUUCCACCUGAAAGCUAGCGGUGUCAUCGCAGAGCCCGAUACCCAACGACUCACCGUCAAACAUGCCAAAGACUCCUUCCUGACUUUGACCACAGAUGGCAUCAACUUCCUGCUGAGUGAUCAGGAGAUAUGUGACAUCAUCAACCAGUGCCAAGACCCCACAGAGGCUGCUGAUGUCAUCGCUCAGCAGGCGCUGCAGUAUGGCUCAGAGGACAACGCCACUAUCAUUAUCAUCCCAUUCGGAGCCUGGGGGAGACAUCAGAGCUCUACCACCAUCUACAGCAUGAGCAGAAACUUUGCUUCAAGUGGGAGAUGGGCGUAGACAGCACAAAGAAACAAUACAUUUAUGAAGCUCUGAAAUUAAGUUGAAGGAUUUUAAGGAUACAAAAAUAUUUUUUAUACUCAAAAUGAUUCAUAACCCCAAUACAAAUUCAUUUGAAAUAUGUUAGCAUCAGAGUUCCCGUGUUAGCGCCCAGCUGACUAGUC